CAAUGUUAUAAUUGCAAUAUGGUAGACGCACAAUUAUCGUUUUGAAUUUCUCAAUUUAGGAUUCAGGAUUAUCUGUACAUAUUCAGAAACAAUAUCAUUUAUACUAGUACGGUUUUAGAGUAUCAAAAAUUAUGUGGCAAACAACUAUUUCAUCAACAAUAAUUUAUUGUUAACACACGUAUACAUCGGACUACCAGACUAGAAAGCCAGACAUAAAUAUUCAAAGAUGUUUUGACUUAAAGAAACUCCGAUAUAUAAAACUAACGCCACAGGAGCAUACAGCUAAUAAAUUUGUCAAAUUCUACAAUAUUUUGAAAUGGCUGGAUACUUUGGAACUGAGCAGAGUCUGUUAGAUGAAGAGAUACUUGGCCACAAGUUGAGUAAUGUUCUACUGAUAUUAGGAGUUCUCUUGGCCCUUCUUAUCUGCAUAUGGAUCAUAUGGAACUAUUGUUCUGGCAACGAGACUAAAAGCUCUUCCCAAGAUUCGGAUGAAACACAGAGGUUUAUCAUUGCCCAAGAGGUCCAACCGGGUCUCCUUGUAAUCAAAUCAACGUAUGACCAUAACUUCAGGAUAAUGAAGGAAUACGAGGAGAUGAGCGGGCGACCAGUGGCCAGUUAUGGAGCGAUGGCUCCCCCUAACGAGCGACCAGGGAGGCGGUGUUCCACCACAUAUGACACUGUGCCAUGUGUACCACAAGCAGCACAGGUUAAUCAUAAUCUGAUUGAGAUAGAUAACACUCAGACAAGACCACCUCCUUAUGCCCAAACACAGGGACGGCAUCAAUAGAAUUUCAGACCUGGGAUAAUAUAUAUCAAUUCACCCUAUACACGUUAUAUACAAGUUAUUGCGUACCUCCUCUUGGAGGAAGGGGUCAGAACGUACCUAAAUACAAUACACUUAUAUAAGGCCAUCGUGGUGGAUGCAUGUACAUAUUAUCAAGAACUAAAUUUUGUUUUUUACUAGCAUAUAAGUAUUUUGUAUCAUCGUAUUUUUUAUUCAUCCAAGAAUUAUUUUAGUUGUAAGAAUGACAUUUCCCUUGAAUACGACAUACAUCAGGAUGUGUCAUCUGUCUAAUUGUAUUACCAUUAAUCUAUGCAAAAAUAAUGCUUCCAUUUCAACAUGCCAAUCAUCAGAAA